CAAUUUAUUGGUGUCUUGUAAAAUGAGUUGAUGCAAACUAACGCAUGGCUUUUUAAUGCUAGCUAACAGUUGACCUCUAUGGUGGCUGCAAGCUAGCUAGCUAUCUUACUUGAUAUAUACAGCUAGACAGUGGCUUGCUCUCUAUUGAUUCAUUGAUUUUGGGUGGCAUGUGCGUUGGACUAGUAACUGAAAGGUUGUCGGGUCGAAUCCCCGAGCUGACAAUGUAAAAAUAUGUCGUUCUGCCCCUGAACAAGGCAGUUAACCCACUGCUCCCCGGUAAUUUAGGCCGUUAUUGUAAAAAAGAAAAAAAAUGUUCUUAACUUACUGGCCUAGUUAAACACAGGUUAAAUUCAAGGCCUUUAUUUUUGUAUGCAAAUACCCCCGUUCAUUGAUGAAAUGUAAUUUGAGCACAGCUGAACUUAUCAACAACAUGGACAAGAAAGCAACAUGGGACCGGUUCUACACAGAAAACAGCAAGGCAACCAACUUCAAGAAUUUUGAGUGGUUCUUUGGUUUCGACGCAAUCCGGGACUUCAUCUUGCCUAUGCUGCAUUCACAGCACAACUCUGAUGUCCUACAUGUUCUGGACAUGGGUUGUGGUACCUCUGCCCUGGGACCCUGCAUAUACAGAUACUCUCCCUGGCCAGUGCAUGUGACCUGCGCUGACAUCUCCGCUAUUGCUGUGCGCCUUAUGCAGGAACACACAGAAACCAAAGCCCUGCAACCUCAGAACACUUCCUCUAAGCUGGACUUCUUAGAACUGGACUGCACUCAUCUCCACAAACACUUUGGUUCUGAGAGCCUAGACCUAAUUCUAGACAAGGGCACCAUAGAUGCGUUGCUAAGGUCGAGGGAAGGUGGGGCCAAGGCCAGUCAAGUGCUUAAGCAGUGCCUAAAGGUGUUGAGGGACUCUGGGUCUCUCCUUCAGUUCUCAGAUGAGGACCCUGAUGCCAGAAUGUUGUGGCUGGAGAAAGAGGGCCAGGAGCCGGGGAUGAUGGUUGCCGAUGUGGGGGUGCAGGAGGUGGGAGAGUUAAGGGGAGUAACUUAUUACUGCUACCAAGUUACAGCUCAUCCUGUAGCACAGUAGAUAGUUGUUUGUGUAUGUCUGCAUAGUCAGGGAGUGAACAUCUUUGAUGUGACUGUAAUAAAUAAUUCAUUUCUUGAUA